GCCUAGCCGGAAGGAAGUACUUAUUCUUGCUCGUCGCCACGCGAGAAAGUAGACUUUCUACCCAAAUCCGACCUAUCAGCAGCGGGGUAAAUCGCCUUUCGACUGAUGGGGUUCAAUCUCCGAGCAGAUUUUACAGAUUUGGACAGAGAAAAUCACGACAUUUGCAGCGACGUGAAGGUGCCCAUAGCUCACCAGGCCGCUGCUGCCGGGGACAUCGUCACUGUCACCAACGUUAUCAAGGAGGAUCCGGCAGUUCUGGAGCAGCCAGAUGCUGAUGGGAUGACCCUCCUGUGCCACGCUGUAGCGGGAGGACAGCUGGACACGGUGAAACUGCUGCAGAAGAUGGGUGGCGAUAUUAACGUCCAGGACGCUGCAGGCCGCACGCCACUGGCCAUAGCUGCUUACAUGGGCUGGUACGAAGGUAUCGUACUAUUACUGAGAAAAGGCGCCAAGCAGGACAUCUGUGACAAGAGCGGCCGCCUCCCCCUCCACGCCGCCACCUAUCAAAGCGAAACGAGGUCAAUGGCCAUCCUCAUGCAGAAUCUGUCUGAAGAGGAAGUCAACCAACCUGACAAUGAGGGCAUGACGACGCUACACUGGGCAGCCUUCCACAACCGUCCUGACGUGGUGCAGCUCCUGCUCAUGCGCGGGGCCGACAUCACGUCCAUAGACAUCGACGGCAAGACGGCCCUGCACUGGGCUGCUCAGAACGGCAGCACGGCGUGCUGCAAUGUCAUCCUCGGGGCGACAGGGGGCGCUCACUUAGUCAACACCAUCGACAACACUGGCAAGACGUGCGUUCACCUAGCGGCAGCUGCCGGUCACUGCAGCACGCUGAAGGAGUUGGCAACGUUGAAGUACACGAACUUGGAGGCUUUGGACCCCGACGACAGGACACCCCUACACUGGGCAGCCGCGUCAGGGCAGGCCAAGUGCGUGGCCCUCCUGCUGAAGCUCAACGUCUGUCCGACGCCGAUAGACGCGGACGGAGGGACUCCGCUGGACUACGCCAUCCAGGGGUGCCACCAGGAGUGUCUGGACCUGCUGGAAGCCGCCGACAGGGUGUCGGAGGUCGAGGUGGAUGUGGAAAGCGCGGCCAAGACCAUCGAGAUGCAGCACACCAUCAGCCCCGUGCGAAAAAAACGGUUCGGAUUCCUGACCAAUUUCUUCUCUCGCAGAAGCCCGAAAUGCAAGCGAGGCCACGGCGCCGCGGAGGACGAUGCUUCAGGGGAGCAUUUGACUCCAGGAGGCGACACCUUCUACAGGCUACAGUUCGCACCUGAGAUGUCCAGCGGGGGCGAGAGUGUUCUCAGUGAGGAAGCCAGGAGUGAUGCGACAGUGGACAGGGACGAACUGUCCGGAGGGGACCUGAACAGCGGCACCGGUCAGGCUGCGGCCAUGGAGGAGGCAGCGGACAGACAAGGUUUGGAGAUGGAGGAACUGGCCGCGCAGAUUCGGUCGGACUUGGUCAUCUCCGAGGCUAGAAAGACAAAGAGAAACUCAUUGAACAGACGGUCCAUCGACGUGGCGUAUGUACCGCUCAUGAGAACGGACGUUGACGCCAAUAUACCCUUCUCAAUGCCGCAGGAAGAGGACAGCAGGGAACUGAAAAUCGCCGGAGAUUUCAUGGGUGUACCCCCUGGCAUUGCCGUCGGGGAGGGUAGCUCCCGGCUAGCCAAGCUGUCCACCAAGCUUGCUCCGAUCCAGACGAACUCCUUCCUGACCACUGUGGAGGACAACAGUCCCGCAGAGGAUGUGGAAAUCCCACUACAGAAGUACAGCCGUCUUCCCUCCCCUCCCGCCAUGAAGAGGGAAGAAGACAACCCGUCCCGCCUGAGCGGGGGGUCCGUGGACACCGCUCUGGAUUCCGCCACGUUUCCUACGCUGCCGCUGAGAAACGCGCCAUCCCCGUACGGGAGGCUCGACCCCAUCCCGGCACACCGGGUAGAAAGUUUCACGUCUUCGCGAAUGGAUCGGCCGAAGCACGAGAUUCUGACGAGGAAGAGGUCGCGGUCUCACUCGAACGUGUUGGAGCAGAGAGGAGGGAGUUCUUCGGCGGCGGAGUACGACCCUCUCCUAGCGUCCAUCGCGAAGGCCGGGCGGGCGUCAACGUCACCGCUAGAUACCGGACCGGCGCCACUCGCACCGCUGAAAGGGUACAGACCGAAAAGAUCAGCUGCUGUGAGCAGUGCCCUGCCCCCUCCUGCCAAGACCCAGCAGCCCGUGCCGCGCUCGGAGAUGAGGAAGCUGACUCAGUCCUGGGAGCAUCUCCUCAACCCCGUCCAGGUGGUCAACAAACCCCGAUCACAGUCACUCAAGACUCAGGGUGAGUUCGAGAGACACACGGGGCUGCCGAGGUCCAUUUCACACGAGCCGGGGAUAGACUGGACAGAAACUGCACUGUCGUCAGGAAAGCCAAAGAAGGGCAGGAAGAAGAGUAAGAAGCUGCAGAAGAGACCUGGAGACUCAAGGAAGAUACAGGAGCACGGCGAAGAAUCGUCUGCGCGAGGACACAGUAUUUUCCCGCCCAUUUUGCCCGGGCCGCCCGUCCUGUUCACCUUACAGAACAGAGUGUCGCCCAGGCGGGCGACGGUACCCAGUACGGCUGACGUAGAGGAGGUGACAGCCAAUCAACAGGCUUGUACCAUAGACUCGGAAGGGCGGGACAAGAAGAAAAAGAAGAAGAAAAAGGACGCGUCUGAAGUUUACGUCGAAGUUUGUUCCCACAAGGGCCACUGGAACGACGAGGACGAGGACGACGCAGGCGCGAGCGGGAGUAGCGGAGGGAGCGGGAGGGCGGAGCGCAGGGCGCAGGCGCAGGCCGUGGGGACCGUGUGUGAGCGCGGCCCGCAGUUUAGCGGCGAAACACCCUCUGGACAAAUGGGUACUUCUUCAAACACAGUUGCUAUGCACGAGGGAAUUCGAACCGACGUUGGGUCCGACGACGUCGUCGAAACGGCGGGACUCCCCACAACAACACAGUCGAUAACAAGAUAUGAAUGUAAGACGCAGAGAACUUACGGCGACCAAAGUUGUUCGGUACGAGCGCACCCGAAGCUGGUGAGGACGAGAAGUCCAUGCUCGAAGUGACCAUAUCAUCGCUCGGACCAAAAACUCGACGUACGAGCCACAACUGCAAACAAACGACAACCAUCGAACAGACGGGACCCUGUCUUGCUAUGGGAGUGACGAUGGUUCAAAUUUGUGAUGUGAAAUUUACCUCAUAACGGUGGGCAAAUACGAAUCCAGAAUAUAUAGACAUUAAAUAAAGGCUGCUGGAGAACCGUUUCUUGUCUACCGAACGCAAGGUGGUACCCUCUCCUACCACACCGUUAUGAGGAUGAUAGACUCAUGUUGUGCACGCAUGUGACA